AUGACGACGACCCCUGCUGCUGGAGGAAAGCCCCAGAGGACCUACCCCCUCAUGUCUCGCGAGGAUGUUGAGGCCCUGAUCGCAGAGGGCCGGAAGAUUAUCAUAUUCGACGGCCAUGUCCUCAGGGUCGAUGGGUGGAUCAAGUUCCACCCAGGUGGUGACAAGGCCAUACUGCACAUGGUUGGCAAGGAUGCAACCGACGAAAUGGUAGCGCUGCACUCGUACGAAGCGACGGAGCAGAUGGCUCGAUACCGAAUUGGUCGCAUCGAAGGUUACUGGAAGAACUUUUUGCCACCCAUCCAAGGAGGGACUUUCCGAUCACGAGCAGAGCUCAGUGAACAGGAUGAGGAGACGGACAGCGCACACGAGGUCGACACGGCCAGCUCGGCUGACUCGAGGGCACCGUCACCAGUGUUUGAUAAGGUUGCAGGUGGCAUGAGGAAGCGGACGGCGACGACGACGACGGUGACAACAUGUCUGGAGGAAGGCAGGCCAAAGCCGUCGGUGGAAGCAGCAGCGACUGAUAUAGAAGACGACGGCAUGACGUUCCUCGACACACUCACGCGGGAGCGAAUCACGCUGGACUUGAACAAGUACCCGGCACAGGACCCGGAAACGCAGGGCGAGGUGAUGUCCAAGUACCGAGAGUUGCACCAGCGGAUCCGCGACGCGGGCUUGUACGACUGCAACUACUGGGCGUACGCGGUGGAAUGCUCGCGGUACCUGGCGCUGGCGAUCACGUCGCUGGUGUGCCUGCGAGCGGGGUGGUAUAUGACGAGCGCGUUCGCGCUGGGUGGGCUGUGGCACCAGCUGGUAUUUACGGCGCACGACGCGGGUCACAUAGGCAUCACGCACAACUUCCAGGUGGACAGCGUGAUUGGUAUCAUCAUUGCCGACUUCAUCGGUGGCCUGUCGAUGGGGUGGUGGAAGUCGAGCCACAACGUGCACCACAUCGUGACCAACGCGCCCGAGCACGACCCGGACAUUGAGCACCUGCCCUUCUUCGCCAUUUCGCACCGGUUCCUGACGAACCUCAAGUCGACGUACUACGACCGGCUGAUGGCGUACGACGCCGUCGCCAAGGUGAUGCUGCGCGUCCAGUCGUGGACAUACUACCCCAUCCUGUCGCUGGCGCGCUUCAACCUGUACGUUCUCUCGUGGGACUAUCUGCUCGCCGGGAGGGGUCCCAGGAAGGGCGUGGCCGCCUGGUUCCGCUGGCUAGAACUCACCGGCCAGGUCUUUUUCUACAUCUGGUACGGCUACCUGGUCAUCUACAAGUCGCUCCCGGACGGUUGGACCCGCUUCGGCUACAUCAUGAUCAGCAACAUGACGGCGUCGCCGCUGCACGUCCAGAUCGUCCUGUCGCACUUUGCCAUGAGCACGGCUGACCUGGGGCCCCAGGAGUCCUUCCCCCAGAGGAUGCUCCGCACGACCAUGGACGUCGACUGCCCUCCCUGGCUCGACUUCAUCCACGGUGGGCUCCAGUUUCAGGCCAUCCACCACCUGUUCCCCCGCGUACCACGUCACAACCUCCGCAGGAUGCAGUCCAUGGUCCAGGAGUUCUGUAACGAUGUUGGGAUCCCUUAUGCCCUCUACGGCUUCACGGACGGCAACAAGCAGGUCAUUGGCAGGUUGUCCGAGGUCUCUAGGCAGGCGGCCAUUCUAGCAAAGUGCCAAAAGGCGGUGUCGCAGAGCGGCGACAUCUUCGGACACGGUCACUGA